GGUUCAACGAUUAGCAAAUACGCCAACAACUCGUAAAAAAAAAUAAGUGACCUCUUCUGCCCUAUAAAUUUAGGUUAUCCAGAAAGUAUUUCUGUUUAGCUUUAUAUAUCGCGGUUAUUACUUAUUGCAGGGUAGCUUAUAAUGGGUAGUCACGGCUCCUGGCCCUCUGGCUAGGUUGGUCCGUGUGUAUACCUUAAGUAUUGAGUGGCAUGAUCGAUCUGGUACGGUGGCAUGAUGGUAGCUUGUCUUUCCAAUCAUCGAAUGGAAAAGAAGGAGAGCAAGGUAGCACACCACUCCACGCAACCUUGAACACAACCGCACCUUGACGCACAUUGACGCAGCUUGACAUAACCCCCGAACACCCGAAUCCAUUAAAACGCCGUUGCCGCCCGGACCUCGACCUGUGCUCAUCCCGCCUGCCUGCCUGCCUCGCUGCCGCCAUGAACGCAGAACGACGCCGACUCCUCAACCGGCCCAUCCUGCUAGCCAUCCCCAUUCUCAUCGGACUCUUCAUCACGCGAUCGCCGCUCCUCAUGACUUCGACGACCCCCGAGCCCACCAAGCCGUGGGCCGAUGCGCCGCUGAAGCUCAUCACGACGCCCCAAUUCGAGACGGGCAGGGUAAGCAAAACGGACAUCUUCGCGACAGGCGCCACGCACAUGGCCCUCUUGCACAACUCGAUAUUCCGCGGCUACAAUUCCAUCUUCCAGCAAGCCCCCAACGUCAAGGAUGUCGACAAGCCCGACUUCAUCGGGUAUUCUCUGACGUGGUACAAGUUUGUCAAGUCACAUCAUGAUGACGAGGAGGUGUCUCUGUUCACCAAGGUAGAGGAGGUCUUGGAUGACAAGACCAUCUGGGCCGAGACACACAAGGAGCACGAGGCUUUCUUGCCUGGUCUGGCCGAGUUUGAGAAGUACCUUGCCUCGCUGAGAUCGGCCAAGGACUUCUCGGGCACCGAGUUACAACGGAUCAUGUCUUCAUUCCAGGAACCAUUCGAGACGCACUUCCACAGUGAGAUCUCGACCAUUGCAAAGCUCGCGGACCACCCCAACGCACCCAAGGCCGGCUCCCAGGAAGAGGCCAACGCGUCCCUGACGUUCAAGACGUGGGGUAAGAGCACAGUGACGAAGGCCGGCACCCUCGACGUUGUCCCCUUCUUCCUGCUUAACCUGGACGGCACAGUCGAGGAUGGCAUGUGGGCGAACUGGCCACCUAUCCCAGCCCCGAUCAAAUGGGGUCUAGUCAACAUUGGCGGUGCCUACCACAACCGAUGGUGGAAGUUUGCCUCUUGUGCUGGGGGCAAGCCCAGACAACUUUAUGCCGUGUAGUGUAAUACACGAUGUACCAUUUGUACACGGAUAUACGGGGUAUUAAUAUGUAAAUUCAACGGGCACAUGGAUAGGACGCAAGGCGCAAGGAACAGGUUUUGACUGGAUAUCGGAUACUCGCAGGACUUCUUGCUCUUCCAAUUGGUUACGGUUCUGUGUUAAAUUGUUGUAAUAUCUUGGGAUAGUAUUUAUUUAUGUACUAUGUACCUACAAUCUAUCUUUGAUGUACUUUCACAACUUAAGCUUGGUCUUGCGAUGGCCCUGAUGAUG